AUGCAGAUAAUUUGUUUUGAUUGUUUUUCUCAAAAGAGAAAUCAAAUGAGCAACCAAGGAGCAAUUAAGAGAUCUGGAGGAGAUGGGCUAAGCAGCUUCCCUGAUCAUUUACUAAGUCAUAUACUCUCUAAUCUUCCUACAAAGGAUGUUGUUACUACUAGCACUUUGUCCACAAGAUGGAUAAAUCUCUGGCAUUCAAUCCCUGUCUUGGAUAUAGAAAUUGAUGAUUUCGAUGAUUUCGAUGAUUUGCUCAGUUUCACCUCUUGGUUGCUAGAAUUCCAUAAGGACUCAAGCUUACACAAGCUCAAGUUUUCUUUUGAGACAGAAUUACGUGUUAGUAUGUGUAGAAUCACGGCGUGGCUCACAGAUGUAGUUAAGCGUAAAAUCCAACAUCUUGAAGUCAUGUCUGGUAUGGAUCAUAAGGUUGAUAUGGCGCCUAUGCCUGUAGUCCUUUACUUAUGUGAGACUUUGGUUUCACUGAGACUUCAUUGCGUGGUACUGAGCUAUUUCCAGUAUGUGUCUUUGCCUAAUCUCAAGAUGAUGCAUCUCGAAGAGAAUAUAUACAUGUGUGAAGAAACUCUGGAGAACUUAAUCUCAGCAUGCCCGAUUCUUGAAGAUUUAACUUUAGUUAGGAAAAGAGAUUAUAAUGAUGUUGAGGUUUUGCGGGUGCGCUCUCAGUCACUAAACAGUUUCAAACUCGUUGUUGAUAGACUGGAUUAUCUCGAAGGCUAUGUUUGGAAGGUUAUCAUUGAUGCUCCUAGACUCGCAUAUCUGAGGCUUGCAGAUCCUUUUUCAGUGAGUUUUGUGAUUAGCAAUUUGGGUUCAUCGGCAAAGGUGGAUAUUGAUGUCGGUUUCAAUGUGAAUAUUUGGAAUCUAGAUGACUCAUUCGAGAGAAGCGCUGUCUGUAAAUUACUCACCGGGCUCUCAAGCGUAAGGGGCAUGGCCAUAAGUGGAACAACUUUGAAGAUCAUCAGUCACUACCUGAAGCACGAACCAAUGCCUCAGUUCCAAAACAUGACGUGGUUACAAGCGGAAUUCUAUAUUUCUGAUUUGGGAAUGUUGCCAGGCGUUCUUGAGUGCUGUCCAAACCUCAAAUCCGUUGUCGUGAAGCUGAAAGAUGUAAUGGAAAGGGAGGAAAUAAGUUUCUCAUCGGUGCCAAAGUGUUUGCAAUCAAGCCUCGAGAAUGUUGAGAUAAGAUCCGAGACUGGAAAUGGAGUAGAGAUGAUACUAUCAAAAUACUUCCUUGAGAAUUCGCUAGUCCUCAAGAAGUUUAAGCUCUGCAAAAGAAUUUUUAGCAAGGAAGAUAAGUCUCUCAUCUUUAAGGAACAAGAGGCCCUCAUCAUUGAGGUACAAGAGUUUCUCAUCAUGAUGGAACUCGGGACAUUCAAGAGAGGUUCUAGUGCUUCUGAAGUCAACGUCGUUGCAUUUUAAUGAGGUUUGAGAGUUAUUGGAGACGUUUUUAAUUUUGAAAAGAACUUCAGUUUGGAUUUGGAUUUGGAUUUGGUUCAAUUUCAACUCUGUUGCACUACAUUUUGGAUUUGGUUCAGUUUCAACUCUGUUGCACUACAUUUUGGAUUUGGUUCAGUUUCAACUCUGUUGCACUACAUUUUGGAUUUGGAUUUGGAUUUGGAUUUGGUUCUGUUUUAAACCUGUUGCUCUA